UUUUCAAACUAAUCGAUAUCCAGGUUGUUUAAUUUAUAAACUAAACAAAUGUCUCAUAAAAUCAAGUUGAAGGCGGCUGAUAUGCCAGACUUGAUGCAAAACGAUGCUGUAGAAUUUGCCAAAAGUGCCAUGAGCAAGCACAAAGAGGAAAAGGAUAUCGCCAGGGCCAUAAAGGAAGAUAUGGAUAGACGUCAUAGCCCGACUUGGCAUUGUGUGGUAGGCAAAAAUUUUGGAAGUUUUGUGACCCAUGAGGCUGGGAAUUUCAUGUAUUUCUAUGUGGAUAAUGAAGCUAUACUUUUAUUCAAGUCGGUGUGAUAACAAAAUGUUAAAGAUUUAUAAGAA